AUGAAGAAAAUAGCAUUGCUGGUAAUGGGCUGUGGUGGCGUCGGCCGCCAGCUCCUCCACCACAUAAUCGCCUGCCGCCCCCUCCAUUCCAAGCUGGGGGUGCGGCUAAGAGUGGUGGGAGUGUGCGACAGCAAAUCAAUGGUAGCUGCUCCGGAUGCUUUUACCGCAGAAUUAGAUGAUGAGUUAUUACUGCAGGUUUGCAAAGUCAAGUCUAGUGGCUCUUCUCUGCAAACCCUCAGCAAUUUUGGUAAAUGCAACGUAUUUUCAAGUCAAGAAACUGCAAGGGAAGUCAUUGACAUUGCUACCCUUUUGGGUAAAUCGACAGGAGUGGCACUUGUAGAUUGCUCAGCUAGUUCUGAGACUAUUGGAGUGCUGAGCCAAGCAGUGGACUUAGGUUGCUGCAUGGUGCUGGCAAAUAAGAAGUCUCUGGCCUCUUCAUUGGAAUAUUAUGACAAGUUGGUCUCACAACCUCGGCGGAUUCGAUAUGAGUCAACGGUUGGUGCCGGCCUCCCCGUGAUAGCAUCUAUUAAUCGUAUACUUUCAUCUGGAGAUCCUAUCUACCGUAUUGUUGGAAGUCUGAGUGGUACGUUGGGUUAUGUGAUGAGCGAGGUAGAAGGCGGAAAACCUUUCAGCCAAGUUGUCAAAGCGGCGAAAAGCCUUGGAUACACUGAACCUGAUCCUCGAGAUGAUCUUAGUGGGACGGAUGUAGCAAGGAAGGCUCUGAUCCUUGCUCGACUUCUUGGACAUCGUAUCAACUUGGACGCCAUUAAGAUUGAAAGCUUGUACCCUGUAGAAUUGGGACCCGAUGUAAUGCCCGUGGAAGACUUUUUGGUGCAUGGCCUUCCCUUGCUUGAUAAAGACAUCCAAAAUCGUAUCGAUAAUGCUUCGUCAAAUGGAAAGGUUCUGCGUUAUGUCUGUUUGAUUGAGGACUCCAGGUGUGAAGUUGGCAUACAAGAACUUCCAAGAGAUUCAGCUCUGGGAAGAUUGAGGGGAAGUGAUAAUGUGUUGGAGAUUUACAGCCGUUGCUAUAAGGCACAACCAUUGGUCAUUCAAGGUGCUGGAGCAGGAAAUGAUACUACUGCAGCUGGCGUGCUUGCCGAUAUCCUUGAUAUACAGGAUCUAUUUCCCUGA